UAGGGAGGAAGGGACAAACAGUGCUGCCCAAAGAGUGAGCAAGAGGGUGGUUUGGGGGGACAGGAGGAGAUUUUCACAGGGAGAGAUAAAGCUAUAAGCGCCUGGUGAGGGUUCUGAGCAAGGAGUGCAGACAGAGUGUCUGGAAAUAGCCAAGGGUGAGAGGAGCUGUUAGGGGAAGGGACAGGACUCUUUCAAGAGGGAGCAAUAGCUGGGAUCCCAAGAAUCCAGUCAGCCUAAACUGACCGAGGAAGGGUGCACAAGCAGGGGAGAAGGCCAGCGACAGGGCCACAGCGAGAGGCAGGCUCCAGAGCGCGCGGGAUGAACUUCACGGUGGGUUUCAAGCCGCUGCUAGGGGAUGCGCACAACAUGGACAACCUGGAGAAGCAGCUCAUUUGCCCCAUCUGCCUGGAGAUGUUCUCCAAGCCCGUGGUGAUCUUGCCCUGCCAACACAACCUGUGCCGCAAGUGUGCCAACGAUGUCUUCCAGGCCUCUAACCCUCUGUGGCAAUCCCGGGGCUCCACAACGGUGUCUUCAGGAGGACGUUUCCGAUGCCCAUCUUGUAGACACGAGGUUGUCCUGGACAGGCAUGGGGUCUAUGGCCUGCAGCGGAACCUGCUAGUGGAGAACAUCAUUGACAUCUACAAACAGGAGUCCUCCCGGCCACUGCACUCCAAGGCUGAGCAGCAUCUCAUGUGUGAGGAGCAUGAGGAUGAGAGGAUCAACAUCUACUGCCUGAGCUGUGAGGUGCCCACUUGCUCUCUCUGCAAGGUCUUUGGCGCCCACAAGGACUGUGAGGUGGCCCCUCUGCCCACCAUUUACAAACGCCAGAAGAGCGAGCUGAGCGAUGGUAUCGCAAUGCUGGUGGCGGGCAAUGACCGCGUGCAGGCAGUGAUCACGCAGAUGGAGGAGGUGUGCCAGACCAUUGAGGACAACAGCCGCAGACAGAAGCAACUGUUAAACCAGAGGUUCGAGACUCUGUGUGCGGUUUUGGAGGAGCGCAAGGGCGAACUGCUUCAAGCACUGGCCCGGGAGCAGGAGGAGAAGUUGCAGCGCGUGCGGGGCCUCAUCCGCCAGUACGGAGACCACUUGGAGGCCUCCUCGAAGCUGGUGGAGUCUGCCAUCCAGUCCAUGGAGGAGCCGCAGAUGGCUCUCUACCUCCAGCAGGCCAAGGAGCUGAUCAACAAGGUCGGGGCAAUGUCGAAGGUGGAGCUGGCAGGACGGCCGGAGCCAGGCUAUGAGAGCAUGGAGCAAUUCUCCGUGAGCGUGGAGCACGUGGCCGAAAUGUUGCGAACCAUCGACUUCCAGCCGGGCGCCGCUGGGGAUGAAGAGGAUGACGAGGUGGCUUUGGAUGGGGAGGAGGGCAAUGCAGGGCUGGAGGAGGAGCGGCUGGACGUGCCAGAAGGCCUGCACUGACCCGACUCUGAUCCAGAGCGCACACCCGCAGCGGGAGCCAAGGGAUGCUGAGGAUCUGCGCAGAGACCACCGUGCCACCCAGCUCCGCCUCCCGCCCCCGGGAAGGUUCUCAAUAAAGGACUCAUGUGUCCCACGUCCUCGGCUCCUUUUGCUGCCCACUCCUAGGCUCAGCUAUAGAAGCAACCUCGCCAUCGCUCUACCCUUUCUCAACCCCAGACUAUCUGAAGGGACGGAGGCGAAAUAGUCCCUCGUGGGCACCCCCUUUACACUAGAGGUUGCCUCCUAAGCCGGAGACCCUGAAAGGGUAUCAAACCUCGGAGUUCCGGGAUUUGGAGGGUUGGGGGAAGGGCUCCCAGGAAUUUAAUAGGCUUCCUCUCCUAUCUCACUUAGCAUGCUUGUCUCUCCUACCGGCCUGUAGAGCGCCACUUUCCCAAAAGUUCUUACCCUAUUGUAGUUGCCGGUGCCCUCUCAUCCCUAUGACAGAAGAUAGAGGCUAAGCUCUUGGGCAGUUUUAUUAAAAAAUAACCAGAGUAUUCAGGGUGACUCUGGGCAGCGCUGCACCGCGGGAUUGAGACAGCUCCAGUUGUGCGCGUUCCAGCCCCGGGGUAGGUAGGGGAAAGGGUCAAGGCUUUCGUGACCCCAUACGGGGCCGAUCACUUGCCCACCGAAUCGAAUAUGAUGCGGUUCUGCUCUGCGCGCUCGCGCUGGCUCUGUGUCCGAGCUAGCUCCAGCAGGGUCCGCAGCAGGUGAAAGGUGAGGUCGAUG